UAGACUGUACCCACCUCGGAUGUGAGGGUGUGUGAGGAGGAGUAUAUAAAAGCAAGCUCACCAGCUCACUUCAUCAGUAUCGAGGAUAUCGGUCAUCAUCAUGUUUUCAUUUUUUGUGACAGUUCUUGUGCUCAUUCAAGUCAUUGCUACUUCUGGUGGUCAAAGUGUGUCAGAUGAGAGAAAUCAGCAGACAUGUGUGCCUGCUGGUGUUCCUGGUGUACCUGGAUCACCUGGGUUGCACAGAUCACCCGGACAAGAUGGAAUAAAAGGAGAAAAAGGAAUAAAGGGAGAGAGAGGAUUAGUGGGAGAUGUUGGUAAUAAAGGUAAUGCUGGGAAGAUAGUUCCACAAGGUCCACGAGGGAUAAAAGGAGAAACAGGAAAAAAAGGAGAAACAGGAACAAAAGGAGAGAAAGGAGAAGCUAUAACACUCAACUGGAAACAGUGUGUGUGGAAUAGAGAGGAUGGGAAGGACAGCGGUCUGAUUCAGAACUGUAAUUUAGGAAACAUGACAGCAAUUCAGCUCUACAUGUUGCAUAUGCAGGAACUCUCAGGGUUGUAUGCUCCAGUGGUGAGUGCUGUUCUCGAUGGUAUUUUACAUUCAACGGUAACGAGUGCAGUGGACCUAUGACUAUUGAGGGAGUUGUGUAUAGUAGACUAGAAGAUAAUCCUCAUCGUCACAGACAGAUUGAGGGAUACUGUGAGAAAAUUCCAGCAGGUCAAGUCACAAUUGGAUUCAACAUUGGAAACUGUAACAAAUGGAGAUCAACAACGUAUGAUGGCUAUACAGGAUUUCAUUCACCAUCUCGCAUUAUGAUUGCAGAAGUUCCUCCAUCACAAAAGUGACUGAAUUAGAGAGAAAUUAGAACUUGUGUUCAGUAUAGUUUGCAGUACGUACAGUACGAGGUAGCUGAAGUAGGAGGCUGGAUGAUGCCCGUGCAUGUCUGUCUUUGCCGUAUGUGCCCUAUGUGAGUGUUUGUAUGAUUAAUUCAACGUGUAGCUGCACUGACAAUCAAUAUCAUCCGUCAGAGUUACAGAACAACACUUAUAGUCUAAUCAGUAGUUAAUAUUAAUGUACCAUC